CUAGGAUAUAUAUGGAAACCUAUAAACAGACGUGUCACGUGAGCUUCUCGGAUCUUCGUCCGUAUGAUGUUGAACGCUUCGCCGUCACGAUGAUCCACGCUGCGCACGGCGCCGCCAGGAUCGUUAUGACGCAGUUCUCUCAGAGUUUCGGGGGUCGCCUCAUUCAUUAGCAGCCUCAUUGCUUCGUAAGCCCGUCAUUUUUCUCUGACUCAUUUUGGUUCCAUCUUUGUCGGAUGCUUCGUCCAUCUAGAGCAUUCGGCCUAUGGAUUCUCCUCCGACACACAAUCACGAGCUUAGCUCUUUUUCUUGGAGAUGCAGGCCCCCCCCCCCCCCUGCGUCAUGAGGAGGCGCGGCAACAUCAAACAGUUGCUGUGCCUUCUCCGCAUGCCGGCAACAACAUCGGAUCAAGUCUUCGGGACUCUCAUGCCUACCCCCGACAUUUUCUCUCGUCUUCUCUAAUUCAUCAUGCGAACGAAUCAGAGCCAUCUUUCAUCGAGGAUCACCCCCCACUGACUCACAAUGAGUCUUUGUUCAACACCCGCCAUCGGGACGUCAACCUUUUUUUUGCCGCAGGUCAGCCUCGCAGUCUCUCCCUCGCGCAUGCUCAACUGCCUUUUGAUUGGUGCACGUAUAGCCCACUCCAACCAGCACCAGCACCAGCACCAGCACCAGCACACCGGAGAAUUUCUUCCGAGCGGGCUUUCUGCAAAUCUUUGCACAGCCUCAUCCUGAUCGACCUGGCCCAGGGGCAUGGGCGACGCAAGCGUGUGAUUUGAUUCAUUCGACUUGGCCCCGAGUCCAUUCCACCAGAUCUCAUUGCUCGGAACAGUCCCGGGAGAACACGACGAGCACCGGCCUCCCAGCGAAAUGGUAUUUCCAAGCAUCGAUGACGGAGAAAUCAGCAUGGCGUGGGCGCGCAUGGCCCCGAACGUUAAAAAAACUUUUGGCUG